UUUUGGGUAUGUGUUGGUAAGCUAAGCUGUAAAGGCUGUAACGGUUGUAUAAUAUGAUACGGCUAUUCUCCUAUUGGUCAUGUGUUUAUUUGGCGUAGCGAGCAUUAAAUUAUUUUAACUUUUUUUACCCUUUCAAGACUUUUACCCCUUCAAGAUUUUACAACUGUAUAUACGAUAUAGUGUCUGCUAACCCCAUUUUACCAGCCCGAUUUUACUGCAGCUAGACUCGCCGCUUUUCAGUUUUCACCCCCCACAUUUAUUUAAAAAAUAUUAAUAGCCUUUCUCAAAAAGACCAAAAACCCCAUCCUCAAAUCCCCAAAUUCCCUCUCAUUUUUAUUCUACUCAACACUCCUUUGUGGGUCCUAACCUGCCACGCCAUCACAUCAGGUCCAUUUUUGUCAUUUCACUCACGUUAAUAAAUCCAUAAAAAUAUCCACAAUUCUCACACACACACACACUUGUACACACACAAACACACACUCUCUCUCUCUAAAAAGCUGAAUCUCUCUCUUUCUCUCUCCUGGUGGGUCUUUGGAGCCAUCGAACCAAAUUUCGGACUCUUCUUUAUUUAUAAAUAUAUUUCAAAAAAGAUCAGGACCGUCCUUUCACCCAAUCCAACGGACCAUAUUAGUCGGCGUAGUUGUUAGUGGUUACCCAAUCUCUCUUCCCUCCUUUGUGGUUUUUAUCAUAAACCCUAGCCGAUACUCUCUCACUCUCUCUCUCCCUCACAUAAACUUCGUGAACCGCCAUAACUCUCCGAUCUUCGAUCUCUCUCUCUCUCUCUCUCUCCUCUCUCAGAUCUUAGGCUUUUAGAUAUUUCUUUAAAUUUUUUUUUAAAAAAUAUAAAUUAUUUGUGUAAUCUUUUAUCUUCUUGUUAUUCUAGAGUUAUAGAAUUAGAUGUAUCUUUUUUUUGUAAACUCUGAGUUGAUCGGAACCCGAUUCGUGAAACGGUUCUCUGUAUCGUAGUGUUUUUUUCUUCUUUCUAUUUAGUGUUUGUUUGUUAGUUAUCCUUAUUUUUUUUUGAACUAUUUGGGUCCGGAUCCGAGUCCGAUCCGAAACCGAGUUGGUGAGUCCGAGUCUGAGAAAUCUCUCUGUGGUGGUUUCGGUUCAUGGAAUCGGCGAGUCUCUAGCCUUUUCUCUCUCCGCUAAUUCCGUACGCGUUUUCCUUCGUUUUUGGCAAAUUGUUCAGCAUGCGCUGAAAGAGUCGAGUCUCAAAAGAGUCCGAGCCCGAGUCCGAGUCCCGGUCCCAGUCCGAGUCGAGUUUGUUUUUGUGUGUGUUUGUUUUCACUGAGUCAACUCGGAGGGAGACUCAGCGAGUCGAGAGAAUCGGAUUUGUAAUCGAGCCACGACUCGUGCCGAUUCGAUAGGGAACCGAACGGCAAUGCCGUCGGUAGGGAUGCGGCGGACUACGAGGGUGUUUAAUGUCGUGAAUGUGGUGAAAGACGGCGGCAGGGUUCUCCGGUCAGGCCGCCGCCUUUGGCCCGAAUCGAGCGACUCCUCCAAGGUCAGGAGAGGCAGCGGAGGCGGCGGCGGUGGUGGCGGUGACGGUGGUGACGAGUGGUCCAAAAUGAUGAAGAGCUCCCCAAACAACAGCGCCGCCCUCACCUUCAAGCAGACCUCUUCCUGGUCCCACGGCGGCGACGUCAAGAGAGUAGUCGCCGCCCCAAAUGUCGCCGAUGCGGCGGCAGCAGCAGCAGGCGCCGCCCUUGAUUGCGAAAUUGAAAAGCCGAAGAAGAGGAGCAGAAAGGCGGUGAAGGUUGAGGAGAGUGUGGAUAAGAUGUUUGGGGUUGUGUACAGCAGAAAGCGGAGGAGAAAUUCGGAUAAUGAUAAGAUGUUCGGGAUUCGAUUCGCCCGUAGGCAGCGGAGGAAGGCUGACGAUGGUAGUGAGGAGUGGGUGAUUCCGCGUCCCAAGCUUUCUGUAGCUGUUGUGGGUAGUGGGAGCGACGAUGAUGAUGGGUUUGUAGCGAGGUUUUUGUGUACGGUUUUGAGGUACAUGAGGAGGGCAAGGCUGACAUUGUCUCAGCUUUUGAAAUUCUUGUGCACAGAGCCGAUUGCAGGCGUCUAUGCUUCGCGAGGAAUCCAAUUCUCGAGGGAUCCUCCUACCACUAGUGUCUCUGGAAUAUGCAAGUUUUUUGGGGCCUCAGAGCAUAUACCCAUGUUUUCUGUGGAUUUUUCUGCAGUUCCUCGUUGUUUCAAGUACAUGUAUUACGGGAUGUUUCUGAGGUUUUAUUGUCGGAAUUUUGUCAUUGUAAAUAAGUUGAUUAAUAUGGACACAGAUUCCGACACAAUGACCGACAGUGAAGAAGAUGAGAGCGAAGAACAACACCAUAUUAUCAUCACUACUGACAGAGAUGUGUCUGAAGGUGUACCCCCUGCAAGAGAUUCUUCGGAAAACAAAAGCAUUGUGCAUGAAGUUCAUAACACUGAGAACAGGUCGAUCUUACAUCCGUCUGUUCGAGCUUCAAAAUUAGCUGGUCGAACCACACAAUACAGAAAUGGUUUAAAUUCUCGUGGUAUUCGGAAGAGGAGAAGCUCAACGAGGAGGAGGAGGAGUGCUAGAAAUCCUUUAAUGGUGGGUAUGCACAAAUCUGGUGGAGCCCUAGCUUCCGAUGUAAUCAAUAGUAGGAGAAAUGGUUCACCUUUCUCUUCUGUGGUGACUAAUAGUAAGUGUAGGAGUUCAGUUCGGAUUGCCUCUGCACGACAAGGUAAAGAAGUGAGUUCUACCAUGUUGGGAUCCACACGUGAGAUAGAUUCAUCUUCCUGCUCCGCAAAUAUAUUGGUGACUGAGUCAGACAGGUGUUACCGGGAAGAAGGGGUGAAUGUCAUGUUAGAAGUCUCUUCUUCAAGGGAGUGGGUUUUUGUAGUCAAGAAAGAUGGAUGGACAAGAUAUACCCAAAAGGCUGAAAGAAUCAUGAAACCCUAUUCUUCUUGCAAUCGUUUCACCAAUGCAGUAAUAUGGAAUUUGGAUAAUGGUUGGAAGCUAGAGUUUCCCAUUCGACAGGACUGGUCUAUUUUCAAGGAUCUUUACAAGGAAUGUUCAGACCGUAAUGGUGUUAAGAACAUCCCUGUGCCUGGGGUAUUGGAAGUCUUAGACUAUGGGAAUAGAAAUGAUAUUCCCUUUUGCCGACCAAAUUCAUAUAUCUCUACAGAAUAUGAUGAAGUGUCUAGAGCUUUAGCAAGGAGGACAGCAAAUUAUGACAUGGAUUCUGAAGAUGAGUUGUGGCUAGAGAAAUUCAAUAAUGAAUCUUUUACACAGAAUGAGCUUCAUCAGCAUGUUUCUGAGAAUAAUUUUGAGUUAAUGGUUGAUGCAUUUGAGAAGGCUAAUUAUUGUAGUCCAGAAGAUUUCCCUGAUGAGAAAGCAGCUGCUAAUCUUUGUCUAGAUCUGGCUAGGAGUGAAGUAGUAGUAGCUGUGUAUAAUUACUGGAUGAAGAAACGGAAGCAAAAGCGCUCAGCGCUGGUUAGGUGUUUUCAGGGUCAUCAACCCAAGAGGGCUCCAGUGAUCCCUAAGCCAAUUUUACGAAAGAGAAGAUCAUUAAAACGACAGCCGAGCCAAGUUGGAAGAGGCAAACAGCCGUAUAUCUUGCAAGCAAUGGCAGCUGAACAAGAUGCUUUGGAAGAAAAGAAUGCCAUGCUUAAAGUUCAAGAAGCUAAUGCAUCAGCAAACAGAUCUGUGGAAUUUGCUAUUCUCAAACGUAAAAGGGCUCAAUUACUAAUGGAGAAUGCAGAUUUAGCAACUUACAGAGCCAUGAUGGCAAUUCGAAUUGCCGAAGCAGCACGAGUUGCCGAAUCACCAGAUGCUGCAAGUUGUUUUCUUGACUGAUGGGUGUAGGUUUUCCCGAGGGAUGGGCAUGGCGAUUUUUUUUAAUUUUAUUACAUGAAAGAUUGCAGUACAGCCCUGCGGCUGUUUUUGGAAGUCGUCAGAAAGACUACCCUUGAAAGAUUGUAAUUUUGUAUAGAUUUUGAUUGACUGUACAUUCUGUAUUAUUAUAAGUUCACACCAAUCGUGUACAAGGAGGUUUAGUUGAUUUCCUUAAGGAAAAGAAGAAAAAGUAAAAAAAAAAAAGAAAUACAUGAAAAAAUUUAAGCCCUCA